AGGCUGUUGUGCAUGGAGAUUUCAGAUUUCACAGAUGUGGACUGGGCUGCAGACCAACCCAACAUUUCCACUGUCUCUACUGUACAGCCACAAUUCUAAGGAGAGAGGUUUUUCAUUCUCAUUUAGAAAUCUGUAAAUCAAAGCAGCGUAAAAUGCUGUCAACCACUAGUGCAAAAUGUACUGUCCCUAGGGUCGCGACCGUGCCGGCGACGACAACUGGGACCCCAUCAGCCACCAGCACAGUUUGCAACAUGCCAGGCAGGGUUCGUGCACGGCCUGUUAUUAAACAGAAAUGCCCACUGUGCAGUACCCUCAUGAAUAAAAAAAAUUUUAAGAAACAUAUUGACCGUAAACACACAAAUCAACCAAUUCAGGACAUUAAUGCCAGAUUCCACCUUGCAAGUCAGUGUGUGGACAAAUCAAAUGGCAUGUUCACCGUGCUUAAUGUUGCAAGAGGUCAGAGUACUCCUCUUCAUGUCCAAUACAAAACAUGGGGAGAACAACAAAAAGUCUGCUGCGAAUCAAACGAAUGCCAAGUAAACAUGGAAGUAGCACAGAGGAGUGGUCUGUUAUCCUAUCAGUGUGUGCAUGUCAGAUCUGUAAGUUACUGCACAUCCUCAGCUGAAGCAGUCUCUCUAAAGGAAGAUGUUUUAACAGAAAUGGUGAGAGCAAAGUGGUUUGGUGACGAGAAGAAAAACAUAUGCCUUGCUCGUCAACAGCUUGCCAUUUCUAGCAGUGCACCACUUUCUGUAGAAACCUCAACUGGCAGCCCUCAAACAAAAAAGUUCAUUUCUGUUUUUGAGCCAAAUGUGUCCUAUUAUAGCCGUUUGGGGCGUGUCAUUGUUGUUUACAACACCAAAUUAAACACAUGGCACUGCCCCUGUUCCAAAGUGUGCCGUUCGUGUCCGCAUAAGUACAUUGCGAAAUGGCAUCUAUUUCAAACAGACCGUGAGCUUUUCCGUACUGUCUUCAGCAGAGAAGAAUCACCACCCCAAAAGGCACAUACACAUUCAGAGGAGAGCAAUGUCACAGAAGACCAUCCUUUGUAUCCUCCACAUGAUCUGCGACUUAAACAAAUGGUGCAGUAUAUUCUACAGCACAAGAAGAUACCUGCUGUCCUACCAGACAACAUACGUGCACCAUCACCAGGCAAAGAAUACCCAAAAUAUCUUUGUCCUGAAGAAACCAUGUGUCAGAGAUGCCCAGGUGUUGUCCCCCUCAGUGACCCUAUUCUGAUUACAAAGAGGGCUAAAAUACUCUCCAACUGGGGCAUUGUUGAAGGUAGGAUGGUGUUAUUAAUAUGCAUAUGUGCUAUGCAAUUACACUGUCCUCUAAUGCAAUACUUGUUUUGAAUCAUAGAUGUAUUAACCUACUGUAAGCAGUGCCCACUGUGUGGAAUGUUUUAUCGCUACCAAGAGUGGAAAGACCAACUCCACAACUUUAACGACCACAUCCUCCUUGACAUACAUUUAUGCCUAACCUUAAGAAACCUUCUACGGGUAACGUUCAAUGUAUGAAUGUCUUCGGUAAGAACAGUACUUUUCAAUGUGUACAUAGAUUUUUUUUUUUUUUAUAACUUUUUUUUUUUUUUUUUUUUUACAGGUCCAUACUGCUGUAAGCAGAGCAGUUGAGUUUUUAGAAGAUCAGACAGGUGUGAAGUUUCCACCAGCAGACACAGUGCUUCAUGCGUACUUGCACUUUGAGGCCCUUACAGAUCACGAAUACAAGUAUACUUGCAUUACUUGUGGUGAUCACACCCCUGUGGUGAUUAUGGAUUUACACAAAAAAGGUGUUUUCCAUUUAUCAGUAAGUGACAUCCAGGGUCCUGCAGAGAAUUUUGACGGGGAUGUCAACCUGGAAAAGUUUUGGGAGGCCAUGUCCUGUGAUAUGAUUGGUCGUGGAUUUGUUGCAAGUAUGAACAUAGUGCUUUGUACAUCAUUGGAAAGCAAAAGGCAACAUAAUACAAUGCUUUUUUUUUUUUUUUUUUUAGGUGGUAGACACAAUCCAUGUGCGGUGUCACCAUCAUACCAUUUUUGGGCCCCUUGGAUAGGGAAGCACACACGGAAUUCAGACUCUGUACUAAACACAGAGUUCGAAAAGAUUCAUGUUUCGAAGUCUAUCUGAAAUUUCUGAAAUUACGGUUACAGAGGACAGACUCAGAGAAGAACUAUACAAACAAAAGGUAGGGUUUGUUAGUAAAAACACUAUUUUUAAUAUUACCUUGUUAACAAGACUAUAUAUUUUGUUAGGUUGGGGUCAUUAGGAAGUUAUGUAAAGAAUGUGGUUUGGACUCCAAAGGAUCCCACAAUGAUCUUCUUCUGAGGUUGUCAAAUGAAAUGAAAUCCAGACAAACGUAUGACAAAAUCUUUGACAAAAUCUGGGGGCCUCUGGAGGCUGGGCAGUGAUCAUGUGCCCAUGUGGAAUUGUUUACAGUAUCAAAUGCAAUCUGCGAGCUGAGAGCCCUCGAGACUUUGCAGACUUACUUUUAUCCUGGAAGCAUAUGCCAAAUGUCAUAAUUUAUGACUUUGCAUGGGGUCUUGCAACGCACUUGAUUUUAAGGGCAUCAGAAAAAGUACCCAUUGCUCCAUUUGAAGGUCGCUUAGCAGAACCCACUCAAUCCAACAUAGAAUUGGCCAAAUAUGGACAGCUUAAAGUAUCACUACCUUGGCUGAACACUAAAAAGACAGUGCCAGACCUUAAUGGUCACCCAGUGACGGGUUCAUCGGAUCACUAUGUGCUGUAUGAUCGGUUUCAUGAAGCAAAUACAAAAGACAGCAAAGAUGUGUUGAGGAAGCUCACUCUAGUACCUCAGUUGGCUGGGAAAGUGAACAGCCAGGUUGCAGAGCAACUCUUUGCAAAGAUGAAAAAAAACAACUACUUUUUGAACAUGUCUUUGCCAUCAACGGAUCUCUUUCAAAUGAGGAACAUAAUUCAUCACUAUAAUGAAAAGAAAAACAACAAAAGGCUGGAAGGAUUAAAGAAGACUUUUGGGGCCACAAUGGUGACAAAUGUGUAUGGACAAGCUGUGUGUGGUAAUCCAUGCUACUCCCCUGAGGAACCAAGUGGGACUGAAGUUGUGAUGGAGCACAGUACCCCGACUGUUACAAUGGUUACAACUGGUGGAAAUCGUAUGGUUUGUGACAUUAAACACUUGUCUGCCAGUAGAAGUUGUUGGGAUUUCCAGCCAAGUGAUAGGCAGACAUCAAUGCUUGACCAGGUUUUGAGUAAAAAUGACCCAAAUGAGAAAAUUGCUCAAGUUGGAAGAAUUACACUGCAGCGAAAAGAUUUCCGGACCUUGGGACUCAGUGCAGAGCUUGAGGCAACAAUUGCAAACAGCUGUCUUGAUGUAAUCGUAAUGGCGGCUAAGGAAAAGGGAAUGGAUGUGUUGGCAGCAAAUUCCUACGUUGUAGUUACCUGGCUACCACCACUUGAUUUGGACCCGUUUGUAUCAUUUCUGGAUGACAUAGCGUCCAAGGAUUAUGUUCUGCUACCUGCUUGGAAGCCAGGACACUGGAUGCUAUGUUAAAUUGACAAGCAGACUUGCUUCAGGAUCAUGGAAGCUGACAGGUUUUCAAAAAACACAAGUUAUUUAUAACAACACAAUCUAUAUAUGUUUGUCACAUUCGUUCCAGGAAUAACUUAAUGAUAUUCCAUUGUUUUAGAAUGUUCCAAAACAGUUGGCCGGCUCCGUUGACUGUGGGAUCUUCAUGUUGAUGUAUGCUCUGUACAUGGUCUUUGAGGCACCCUUUGAUUUUACAGCUUCUGAUUUUCCCCUCAUUC